UGUCGGUUAGACGCAGACAGGUACUUGCGGAGGAUGGAGGGAUGGAGCCGAUCCACAACAGGCUUUCCAUCGCAACCGAUAACCGCACCGGGCCGGUCCAGCCCCUGUUCACAUCUGUGCUUCACAAGGGCCUGCAUGGCGGACCGGAUGUCACACAUGCCAGAGGGUCUGAGUAUUCCUCCGUCCGGUCUACCCAGCAUCAUGGCAAGGGCGCCCCGUCCAAGGACAAGGAGCAGGAGGGCACCGGGACCCGGCUGCUGAACAUGCUGAGAAAAACUCUUAAAGAGUCCGAUAGUGAAGAGGUAGAAGUAGCACCUGAAAUACCAAGUUUGGUGGCAUUUGGUAAUGUGGCUGGCUGCUUGGCUGUUCAUAUAAAGAGCUGCAGAUAUUUUACGACUAAGAUCAACUUGCAGCAUUACACUCGUCUAUUCAUUCGCAUCACUGUAAACAACAUUGUGAAGUGUACGAAAACGUCCACCUUGCAGAUCAGAGACAGUGGAAGGAACACUAUGAUUAAGUUUGAUGAAGUGAAGUAUUUUUCUGUACAGGUUCCUAGACGUCAAGAUGAUGAGCGGAAUAAUGUUGCCUUGGAGUUAAUGCAGUAUGAUGAUACAGAAAAGUAUCCUACCUUGUUAGGGAGUGUUCAAAUACAUCUUUAUGAAAUAAUUCAGAAAGGAUGCUUCACUGAAGACCUUAAAAUGACCCAAAAAAACACACUUAUCUGCAGUUUGGAGGUGGAAUUUAUGUUCUCUUACGGAAACUUUGGUUAUGGAUUUUCACAUCAGCUAAAACCUCUUCAGAAAAUUAUUGAGCCACCCAUGUUUAUGAAUAUCGCACCACCUCCAGAAAGAACAGAUCCAGUGACGAAUGUUAUUAUACCACAGCCAGUGCAAUAUCCAGCGUUCUUAUCUCCAGACCUAAAUGUUACUAUUGGGACUGCAGAUACGCUCCAUCGCCCCAACCAGCCAUCCUUAGUGCGGCUUGAAAAACUUCAGGAACAGCCCCGGCAAAGACUGGAAAAAAUGAAAAAAGAAUACAGAAAUCUUGGUACAUGGAUAGAGAAAGCUAGCUAUUUAGAACAGGCUCUUACCCCCAAACUGGAACAUAGUGAUAUUAAGGAAAGUAAUUCAAGUGAGAUAUUUGGAAGCCUAGACUUUAGUCCUUCUGAAGAGAGGUUUAAGCAUGUGUCAUCAGACGUCACUUUUAAAAGCGAGAGAAUGGCAAGUACCUCAAGUGAGUUACUCGAUAGUGAUGAGAAGAAAGAAUUGAUUGUACCGACAUUGAGCCACACAGCCCAAGAUCAUUUAACCGCUGUUCUUCCUAAAAGUGAUGACUCAACAGUGCCACACGAAGGUAGUUCAUUUGGAAGUAUUCCUAGCCUGGAAAUAACAGAAGAGAGCAAAAUAUCACCCUUAGAUGAAUACCAGUCAGAAGCUGUGCCAGACAGAAAAAGUAAAAUGGCAUUAUUUCCACCAGAAGUGAAAAUGAAAGAAAAACACCCGAGCAUUUUAAAAACAGACAUAUCUGCAUCAGAGGUGGGUUUUACAUGGACAGAAUACAGUCCACCACCAUCUUUCAGAUCAGAAUAUAUUCAAGUUGAACCAAGAUAUCAGAAAUUCAACUACAAGGCUGGUUUUGACCCUUUUCUAAGGAAUCUGAACAAAACAAUGUCAGAUAGAAAAAGAAAAGACCAAGAUAUAUACCAGUGUGGAAAGUUUUUAAGUGCAGAGGUUAUAGAGCAUGAAGACCAAGAUCCCCCUUAUCCAGCACGAUCAACACCUGCAGGCUCUACUGAUAAAACCUGGGCCUAUGAUCCUAAUAUCAUUGCAAUAAAGACUUCAGAUACUAAAGAUAAAUCAGCCCGUGAGCCUUCUAUCAUCACGAUAAAGACUUCAGACACUAAGAAUAAGUCAGCCCAAGAUCCUCCUAUCAACCCAAUGACGACUUCAGACACCAAGAAUAAGUUAGCUGAUGUUUCUAUUGUCGACACAAUAAAGACUUCCGAUUCCAAGACUAUGUCAGCUAGUGAUCCUACUGUUAAAACCACAAAGACUUUAGACCCUAAGAAAAAGUUAUCCCAUGAUCCUGGUACCAUCCCAAUAAAAAGUUUAGACAAUAAGAAUGAGUUAAACAAAAAAUUACAGAAUGCAUCUUUACCAAGCUUCAAAAGAGAAUCAUCAGUGACUGAAAAUGUAAAUACGUGUUGCCUCUCAAAGUCAUUAAAUCUCACCUCCCAUAUAGAAGAUUUAAGACAAUCAAUGGUACUCAAGUCGAUUUUAAAUAAAAAUCUCCAAGACCUUUCAGACAAAUUGUUUUCUAAACCGGAAGUUUACAUAAACACCGAAGCAACAAAGAAAAGUAGUUCUCCACUUCUAAGCAUUCAUGAUAAACCAUCAAGUAGUACGACAGAAGAAGUGUUUGAAAAAAUCCAAGAUUUAAGCAACUGGCUUUCAGAAAAAGACAUUUUAAAUUCAAAGUCACUUUUAAGUCAAAUCAUUAAAAAUAUUUCUGAAGAUUCGCUUUCUAAAGGUCGAUCCAAAACAUCUCUAGAGAAAGAAGACUAUGUCUCUGAAAAACACUUAGAAGCAGAUGAGAUAGAUUUGCCAAUGGAAAAAAAGAGUAGUUUCAAAAGGAAGCAUUCAGGAAGUGAAGUAGGUAGCUCCAAAUCAGGGGUAAAUGGCAUGGCCAGUGACUACAUCAUCAAGCAAAUAUUCACUGCACCGAUCUUCUCAAAGUUAGACAUGGCACUGAGGCAGUCAAGGGAGACACAGGAGGACUUGCAGGAUCCCACACUUUGGGAGAGAAGUUUACCUUCGCAUGUGCUAGUUCAAUAUGAAGAAAAAGACGAAAAAACAGAAUUGCCACAGCCUAAAUCUGUUGUAAGCCAGAUAAUACAAGCAUUUCCUAUAGAUACUCUUUUAGAAUCUGGGAUGAUCAAAGUGAUAGAAUUAAAUAAAGAAUACCAGGAGAGUUCUUCGCUGGACACAAAGAUAGGCUUUCCUGAAGAAAGCCCAGUGUAUUCUACUGAUGAUUACUCAGGAAUCAGAAGCAAGACAGAAGCUCUUUCCCAGCAGUAUAUGCCCAUUCCUCAAGAAGCCACAUCUUCUGUCAGUAGAAUUGAAUUUAUAGAGGAAGACCAAAAUAUGUUCCUACAAGAUUCAAAAUAUCAUCCAACACCAGGUAAAAACACAGAUUUGCCAAGAAACAGACAGAGGCUUGGUGAAGAAGAUGAUCUAAGUUCUAUUUUAGAAAAUUUAGGCGCCUCUUUAAUGGGUAAACUGAAUGAGUCAGAUGCGGUUAUGUUCAAAUCCUUUUUAAAGAACAUCUUUAAUAUUUUUUUCAAAUAUAAUCAGUCAGAAAGAAGACAACCAGAAAAAGAAUUAGAAAGCCUUAUUAGACAUUCUUUUCCUCAUGAUACAGAACACCUUGAAGAAAUCCAAAUGGACUUUGAUAAGGCAGAAAAAUUAGACAGAAAACCUAGUUUGAGUCCAAAGCUGCGUGUUUUUCUGGAAGAACUCUCAGAGUCAGAAGUAAAAAAUUUGAAAUCUGAAUUAAGUAAACACAUUCAGCAUUAUCUUGUAGAAAGACUCUCAGAAUCAGGGCAUAUCUUGAAAGAGGACUUACCAAAAAUCUAUCAAAAUCUCUAUUUGAUGAAUGAGAAAGCAGAACCUAAAGGACAAAGCAUUUUUCAGGAGAAAUAUUCAGAAACUAUAAAAGAAAUUAUGUCUUUUAUAAAUAAUUUUAAUCAUCACUUCAUAGAUAAACAUUUAGAAAUAAAACUAAGAUCUUUUUUAAAUGACAUUCUCCAAAACUAUUUCCUAAAAAACCUUUCAAAAAGCAGUUUAUUUAAUGAGACAGAAUCUGAGACUACACACUCAAACAUAUCUUCUCUAAGAACUAAAAGUUCCUCAAUACCUUUUCAUGGGUUAGGACAAGAUAUUUCAAGGGGGAGUUUUGGUGGAAGGCUUGAAAUAAACAUGAAAUAUCCUUUAAGUAAAUCUCUACAGAAUUGUCUUUCAGCUUUAUCAGAAAAUGAAUUAUUAAAUCUAAAAGCUGAUUUAAGCAAACAUCUCCAGUGUCUCUUUAUAGAAAAACUUUCAAAAUCAGGAGUAAUGACAGAAAGCCAAUUAGAGGGGAUCAACCAGCAUAUACGUUUUCUUAAUUCUAGUCCCACACAAUUAAAAUGUAUAAAGACAGAUUCAGAAUUAAGAGAUGAAAAUCACUUUAUGGAGAAGCAUUCAGAAAAGCAAAAUAACUAUUCAAAAGAUUUUCAAAAAAACUCUUUACAAAGGGUUCCUAUGGAUACACUUAUAGAAACAGAAUUGAUCAGAAAUGAAGAAAAGGAAUAUUUUUCCUUACACAAUUUAAAAGAAAAUCCAUCAGUAAUUAGGAAACAGAACACUUACUUCCCAAAAGAAGGACCUAAAACAGUAACUUUAAUAAAAGUUCAACCUUCUUCCAACAAAGUUACCCAGGCAAUUCCAUUCAUUAAACCAGUAGAAAGGCUUCCAGGUACACUGCUUAAGAAUCAAAGGAGAGACCAUGGGUUCGUGCAGCUUUCUUGUGCAGAAAAUUCUGUAUAUAAAACAGAGAUACCAGACCCAUACAAUUGGGGUGGUAAAUCAAAAAUAACUCAAUCAAAGGCUUGCUUUGAAAGGAUGCUGAAAAUGAAGUCCCUGGAAAAACAGGAGCACAUUAACAUUUAUAAAUGGACCGUUCAGGAAAAACCUGAAGCAGUAUUAUCACCGUGUAUAAGAACACAGUAUAAUUGUACACUGCAGAGGGAUGAUGAAGAAUACUUAAACAGACUCCCUUUCCCUUCCUGGCAGAGUUUACAUCCUAUCAAAUCAGAGAUGGGAAUGAAACCAAAACUAGAAGACCAGUAUUAUCAGAGACUGAAAGGAAAUAACAACAACAAUAAAAAACAUUUAGUAACAUUUGCACAGUACAAAAAAGAAAUGCACACUCCUUCUAUAAAACCAAAUGAAAAUUUCUAUGAAAAAUGUGCCAGGGUCCCUGAAUUGCAGUCAUUUAAAUAUAAAGUUCUAGAAGAUGAGAAAAACUCAAAGCCAUUCUUCUUCCCAGAAGUACUGACGAGAGAAAAUCUAAAAUCUAAGAUUCGGAAAGAAAGAGACCAUGUCCCCAAACCAAAAAAGUCAUUUAACAAGAUAGUUCGGAUCUUACCAACCACACUGCCUGCCACAAGAAUCCACCUAAGGAAAUCUGUUCCCAAGACAUUACUUCACUGGACUGCAAGAAGAACUAUACAUGAUUGUUCAGAUAAAUUCGAGGAAUUUCCAGUGACUUCAUUUAAACAGCUUAAGAAAGUAAAAUCAAGAGCAAAGAUGUUAGGAAAGAAUGCAGAUGAUAGCUAUAAUCAGACAAAGCACUCCAUGAGACCAUACACCGCUCCAGAGGUGAACAAACGACGAGAGAGCGCCACUGGAAAGCUUGCGAGUCCUCGCAUGGUUUCAGCAGGCUUAGUUCAUGUCAGUGACACAAACUCAGAUUAUGACAUGCGUAAAAUGCGGCCCAAAAAGAUUAAAAGAGGAUAUGGAAAACCGUACGCUCGUUUGUGAUAUUAUCCAAAUGUUAAACCAUGCAGAAUGAUGUGUGAGACCGACAGUCAGAUUACCCUUUCUCCACUGACAAAAUGGUUUAGAGAUCUGUCCUUCCGUGUGAUAGAAGUCAGUAACCAAGUUUCAUCUUGUCAAAACCAUCUUGUUUUGAUUAAAAGGAAAAAUAAACACAUUUGAUGUAAAC